CUUCAAUCCUUGACUGAACCAACUGACUGCAUUGUAUUUUGUGGUGUAAGAAUCAUCAACUUGGCACUCAGCCACCAAUAUACCGUACUCGCACGGGGCAAUGGUUGGUUUGGUCUCACUACUAACCUAGCAAAUCAAUAAGCCAGGUACCUAAAGUUACUUGAAUCAUCAGAGACAUUUAUUAGUAUGAGCCAUUAUUCAUGACUGACGACCGUUGUAUAAGGUAGUAAUGGAGUGAACAUGUUCCUUCAAGCCACAAGACGAAGACGGAGCCGCCCUAAAACAUGACUCCACUAAAUACUACUAGUACCUUACGGUAGAUAAUCGUAGACCACACCCACUAAUUACCCCAGUCGAGCCCAGCCCAACACAACCCAGACCAGGGCAUUCACUCACUACUUGAAUAUUGAAGAAAUUAGUUAGCAUCACAAGAAACACAACCAACCAACUCAAUCAUAACCUCAUCUCUCAACGCUCAGACGCAACAACUUCGCACCCCCUCCCUCCCUCUCUAGGUCAUCUCAGAUACAUCCGAGAGACAAGGAAGAUUAUACUCCACAAGGCGCCCUGUAAAGAACCUGCACGGAACCUUUCAUCGUCUUCAUCAUGGCAACAUCGGCCACGCCGGCUGGAGAUCAAGAGGACAGGCCACUCCGGCAACCCAGCUCUCAGGCACAAACCAACCAGACAUCGGCCCCCACAGAGUCAGAGUCCUUCUCACAAUCUGCAGCGGAGGAGGCGCCAGAGACAUACGAGGCCACCCACGUUCACGCAGUCUACGAAGCCAUCGCACCGCACUUCUCGGCCACCCGCCAUAAGCCCUGGCCUCGGGUUGCCAGCUUCUUGCUAUCUCAACCGCCCGGUAGUCUCGGCCUCGAUGUGGGCUGCGGCAACGGCAAGUAUCUACGUGUCAACCCAUCUGUACAUCUGCUUGGCUCCGACCGGAGUCCAGCUCUCGUCCAGCUCGCCCGGACUGAGCUGAGACGGCCGCGGGAAGACGGUGUUGAGCAUGAUCCUAGAGUAUCUGAUGUAGAUGUUGCUGUCGCCGAUGGCUUCGCGCUUCCUUAUCGCAACGGAGCCGCUGACUUUGUUAUCUGCAUCGCUGUUGUGCACCAUAUGUCGACACGCGAGAGAAGACAAGCCGCCAUUGCUGAGUUACUGGCACUCGUAACUCCCAAAGCCGGCCGUGUGCUUGUCUACGUGUGGGCUCUGGAGCAGGCGUCAAGCCGUCGCGGGUGGGACGCGAGCAGUGACCAGGAUCGCCUGGUGUCGUGGGUGAUGCGGAAGCCAAAGGGUCAAGAACCCGGAGGCACGUUCCAGCGCUACUACCACCUGUACAAGGAGGGUGAGCUCGAGGAGGAUGUCAAGGCGGCUGGGGGCAUCGUUGUAGAGACCGGCUAUGAGAAGGAUAACUGGUGGGUGGUAUGUAGUCGACCGUCGUGAGACCUCAUCAACGGUAACUUGCGGCGCAAGGCAAGAUCUUAUAGGCGUUACGAAAAAAAGCUUCGGAUACCUUAUGCAUAUGGUUACCAACCUUGACAGGAAUCGUUCACCGAUAUUUACGCUACAUGUUUCGCUCUUGUCCAACCAUGGAAGAGUACUUGGCCGUCUUCAGGCUGGUAAUAUAUUCAAGAUAUUGCUCAACUAAGGUAAUAACGCUAACUGUACAAUCCAUCUACACCGAUAUCUUCUCUAUCACAUCUCCAUAUGUGUCUAUCAAUGGGAAAAGGGAUACUAAAC